CUGGUUUUCACUUCUUGGAUAAAGUGCUUGCGGGGCUUGCCUUCAUGUUCUCUUCCAGCAUCUUGUUACAGAUUCUGGCUUGUGCUUUAUACAAUAACUGGUGGCCAAUGUUAUCAGCUCUUAUGUAUGUUGUGGUUCCCAUGCCAUGCUUAUUCUUUGGCGGUGGAUCCACACAAUUCCUAAUAAGUCGAGAUGGCGGGGGCUGGAUGGAUGCUGCUAAAUUCUUAACAGGGGCAUCAGCUGUGGGAAGCAUAGCCAUCCCCAUUAUUCUCAGACAUGCAGAUCUUAUCCAGACAGGUGCAAUGUUCAUCGAAUUCGUGUCAUUCUUCAUAUUUGUCUGCACAGUCAUGUGUUAUCAUCGUGCCAGUCUUGAUGACGAGUGGUGAUAUAUAAAUCGAGGCAUUGUGCUUUAAGUUCCUCGACUGUAAUUACGUUGCCUGGUUCUAACAAACAAGAAAAAAAAAUGCAAACAAAAGGUAGCUGAGAAGGAACCAAUGCUAGAAAUGAAACUAGAAAUUUGAUUUACCAAUGUGUAUAACUUUGUCAAAUGUCACGUUUAUAAUUUCUUGAUGUGAGAGUUGUUUUCUC